CUCCCUUCCGUUGUUUACGUCGUAAACAAUGGACAGGGUUCCUCCCGAUCCCCCUGACCCUCCGGACAGGGAUCUGUCUCCAGUGCCAAUGGAGUUAUCUCCUGCUGUCUUUACGCCUUAUGCCACAAAACGACGUCUGGAUAUUGAUCAUGAGUCUCAACCAGAACCCAAUAAAAAAGCUAUAACGGAUUCACUGCAACAACCGUCGUCCACACCCCCGGUUACAAGCCAAUCCAGUGAUCCCAAGGCAAUUUACACUCACCCGUCGCUGACAGAAAUGCCCAAACUGUAUUCGGAACAGGAUAAAGGUCCGUUUAUUGUCCAUGUUUCACGACAGGAGACAACUCCCUCGUCUGGUACUACUAUCCGCCCCAUAAUCUUUGGUCAAUUUUUAAACAAAAAUAAAAUUAGUAAUGUUGUUUAUGGUGGAAUCAAAAAGGUUGGUCGGAACAGAAUAGCUGUGGAAUUUAAGACUGGUAAGGACGCCAACGAGUUUAUCAACAAUCAUUUCCUACCUUUAUAUAAAUAUGAAGCUGUGAUUCCGAACUACAAUGUCACACGCUUAGGGCUCAUCAGAGGUAUCCCUACGGAGUUGACAAUGGAGGAGCUAGUAGAGGCUAUGGUUACACCUGACUAUUGUGGUGUUGUGCUCAAAGCUAGAAGACUAAACCGCAAACAGAUUGAUAAUGGAGUUACUACAUGGGCCCCCACCCAAACGGUCGUACUGACAUUUCAAGGUCAAAAUCUACCCUCGAGAAUUUUCCUCUAUUACACGUCUAUAGUAGUAGAUGCUUACCAGUUGCCCACAAUACAAUGUAACAACUGCUGCCGUUUCGGGCACAUUAAGACCCAAUGCCGAUCCAAGCCUAGAUGUUACAGAUGCGCCCAAUCUCACCCCGGGGAGACUUGCUCAGUAGUGGAGGAUAAUGCUACUUGUUUGCAUUGUUCAGGAACCCAUUUCGCCACAAGCAGGAACUGCCUUGAGCACUCCCGGCAAAAAUCUAUCAAAAUGCGUAUGUCACAGGACAAUAUAUCGUUUCAGGAAGCUGCUGCUCUCUUCCCAAAUGUUAAAAGAUCAUAUGCGGACACAUCAAGGGUGUCCACUAGCAUACCCACUACACUUUCACCACCCUUCCCAACACAAUUGUCUCCCUCUACCCCGCUAACACAGUCUUACAGAAAAACAGUAUUUCUGACACCUCGCCAAUCAGGCCCUUUAGGGAAAAGUUACGACAGAGAAGCACACAACAAUAUAAUUAGAGAUUGUCCUUCUACUCUUCCUGAUGGCUGUGCUUUAGGUAACCCCUCAAACACAACAGAGACCUCCCCUAAUGAUGACUGCCUUGACCUUCUAUGGUUACUGGUCAUUAACAUUCUAAAAAAAUUCAGUGAUGUCCCACUACCGCCCAACGUUGCCCCAAAAAUUUUACCUCUUUUAAAUCUACUCACUAAAAAUGGCUCUGAAUAUUGUUCAAUGGAAUAGUAACAGUCUAAAAUCCAAAAAACAUGAAUUCCAACAUAUAAUAAACACAAUCUCUCCGUUAGUCCUUGCCAUCUCGGAGACGUGGUUUCCCAGGGACUACAUCUUCAAUGUGCCCGGAUUCUCGUGUCUCCGUGAUGACAGGGAUGAUGGACAUGGAGGGAGCGCACUUUUUGUUAAUAAAUCAUUGCUCUUCUCCCAAAUCCAUCUCCCCUCACACAAUAGAGAUAUACUUAACGCCGUAGCAGUAAGGAUUGAUGAUAUCUCUUUUGUGUCAAUAUAUAUUCCCCACCCUAAUUUUCUUGUUUUGCAAGAUCUUCGCUCCAUUAUAUCAGUGCUCCCCUCCCCUAUAGUUGUUAUGGGCGAUUUUAACGCGCACCAUGAGUCCUGGGGAUCUUAUCGUUCAGAUUCAUUUGGCACCCUGCUUAUUGACCUCCUGGAUGAGCUGGAUUUGUGCGUUAUAAAUAACGGCAGCCCCACAAGAAGGCCCAACCCAACUCAGAACCCAUGCAGUGCAAUAGACUUAACAAUUUGUUCCCCGCAGUUGGCUUCUCUUUUAACAUGGUGCACUCUCAAAAGUACAUAUGGAAGUGAUCACUACCCCAUUCUUAUCUCUAUGCCGGAUAAAAGAUUAAAAGUUCAUUACACUCCCCCACUUUUAAAAUUUAGAUUAAAUAAAGCUGACUGGUCAUCUUUUUCGAUGGAAAUCAAUAACAAAGUGGAGUCCCUCCCUGACGUGACGCCGGACAGUUGUCUUACGGCAUACAGGGCAUUCAAGGAAACCCUUUUAACGUCAGCACACACCAAUAUCCCUCAGAAACAAACAACGCGCAGAAGGAUUUCACCUCCGUGGUGGGACGCUGAUUGCACGGACGCCAUCCGUAAAAGGAAGGAGGCAGAAAAGAAGUACAAUGAUCUAAUGUCUCAGGAGAACUUUCUACACUACAAGCAGGUAGCAGCCCAAUGUAGAAGGGUUCUGGCCCCAAAGAAAAAACAUGGUUGGACAAAUUUCUGUGAAAGCAUGUCACCUCGUACUCCAUCAUCCGUAGUCUGGAGACAGAUUAAAAGAUUCCGCGGCUCUCUACGCCCUAAAGGAAACACCUCAAACGACCCCUCAGAUAAACCCGCUUCGAGUCUCACAGACAGCAGUAAGGAUCAAAAUUAUAUUUGAAAACAAAUCCACUCCUCCCGUGUAGAGGCUACCUACGACGUGACAUUGGCGGAAUUGUGAAAGUCACAAAACAAGCCACUAAUAAAGAAGAAGAA